AUUUAAAAAAAAUUUUGAAAUGGCGUUUUUUUAAUCAUCAAACUUUUGAUCACUUGAUUUAUGUUUAAUUCAAGAAAUAAUAUUGAUACGUUGGACAGUUAAAAUAAGAAGUGCGUUUAAAACCCUUGACUAACUUUCACAAUCAAUAUUUCAACUGUGAAGUCAUGAAUAUUGUGGUGUUUACAACCACGGUGGUCGGUAUUUACUUGGUGGCUUCUAAAUAUGGCUUUUUACAAUACCGGUAGUAAAUCGUCGUCCCGCAUUAUACCUGAUAUAUCUGACGAAACAAAUAUUGUUGAUGAUUUGUCUAUAAUACCAUUGGAAAAAGACAGUUUUGCACUAUGUGAAUUUUGUGGGAGAGUUGGCAAGCGCGGGCAGUUCUAUCCGCGCAAUAACAAGUUUUGUUCACUGAGAUGCCACACCAGUAGAAGUAACACAAAAAGACGUUAUUGCAACUGGAGGUUUAAGCUGAUGGAGGGAGCGGAACACAUGGAAGGGCUGAUCCCUUUAGAGCCGCUGCCUCAGUUACAACACUGGCAGGCUACUUUUAAUGAGUUGCAGGCAGGACCUAUAAAACAAUUUGCUCAAGUUGCAAACAGCUAUGAGUGGAAAGAUGAGCUGUUUGGUUGUGAUUUUCUUGCGGCGCCAGUUAGCCUGUUCAAGCAUGCACCCUUGCAUGAUAUGUGGGAUAACACCUUUGAGGGCAUGAAAGUUGAAGUUAAGAACACUGAUUGUGAGAAUUAUUCGGAGAAACUCGGUGACUACUUCUGGGUGGCUACUGUUUUGAAGGUCAAAGGUUACAUGGGUCUGCUGCGCUAUGAAGGUUUCGGCAGCGAUGACUCGAAGGAUUUUUGGGUCAACCUCUGCUGUUCGGAGGUUCAUCCGGUCGGCUGGUGUGCGACGCGCGGUAAACCUCUCAUCCCGCCGAGAAGUAUAGAGGAUAAAUAUACGGACUGGAAAAAGUUCCUUGUAAAACAGUUGACUGACGCGCGAACAUUGCCAGCAAAUUUUUACACGAAGUUGAACGAUAGUCUUGUAUCAAGGUUUUGUAUUGGUUCUGUUAUGGAGGUUGUUGAUAAGAACAGAAUCUCUCAAGUCAAGGUAGCAAGCGUCUGCGAAAUAAUAGGCAAGCGGUUACACGUAAAAUACUACGACAGUUCACCUGAAGACAAUGGAUUCUGGUGUCACGAGGAUUCCCCACUCAUUCAUCCAGUGGGCUGGGCCUUCAGAGUGGGCCAUCCCUUGGACGCACCUCAGAAUUACUGCCAAAGAGUGGCAGCGGGACGACUUAUGCCAAGCGAUUCAACCCCAGAAAUGUUUUACAAGUACCCCAGUAACGAACCUCCCCUUUUCUCUGAAGGCAUGAAGCUAGAAGCAAUAGAUCCUUUGAAUUUGUCAGCGGUAUGCGCUGCAACGGUUAUGCAGAUUUUGAAUGAAGGAUACAUGAUGAUCAGGAUAGAUUGCUAUCCCGCUGACGCGUCAGGGGCGGAUUGGUUUUGCUAUCACCAACGGUCACCGUGUAUAUUCCCUGUUGGUUUCGCGCUGGCCAAUAAUAUUUCUAUGGUUCCGCCUGCUGGGUUUACAGCAGAGCAGUUCAGUUGGGAAGAAUACCUAACAAGGACGGGCAGUCGUGCCGCCAACAGGGCGCUGUUCGCGGCGCGCGGCCACGUGGUGUCGCAUGGCUUCGUGGCAGGCAUGCGACUAGAGUGCGCGGACCUGAUGGACCCGAGGCUCGUGUGCGUCGCGACUGUCGCACGAGUUGUCGCUGAUCUACUGAAGGUGCACUUCGACGGCUGGGGCUCAGAGUACGACCAGUGGCUGUGGGCGCAUAGCACGGACGUGUACCCGGUGGGGUGGUGCCGAGCCGUAGGGCAUCGUUUGGAGGGUCCGCUGCAACCGCCGCCGCGGGUCGCACGCCGUAUGCCCACUCGCCCCAACCGGCGCAAGCGGAGACAGGCAGCCAAAGUGAUCGCUCCGCCACCUCCAAACACUACAGAGGAAAGUUCCCAAAACUCAGACAUGGGUGAUACAAAAAGCCUUUCUCCACCAACGAGCGUGUCCGAAGUCUCUGCAGACAUAGAACCCCGCGUCGAGGAACCAACUCUUCCCGUGAAGAUGGAAAUAGAUGUGAAGAUGGAAGCGCACACCGAGCCUAAGCCCGGCCCAGAACCUCUUGAGGAACGGCUUACAGAUGUCAGUCAGGAUGUUGUGGACCAAGUGAUUACGCCAACGGAUGCGUCGCAGGGAUCAAACCAAAUCAUUAAUCCACCGUCUCCCGAAACACCCGUUAAUAGUGAAGACGACAAGGUGAUACCCAGACUAGUCAACACUACUGUGCCCUUAGAUGUACUAAACUCCGUAGAUCCCGAAAACUGGACCACCGCCGACGUCGCAAAAUUCCUCACAGUGAACGACUGCCAGCCGUAUUGCAUCAACUUCAGCCAAAUAACUGGCCCAAUGAUGCUCCAGCUGUCUAAAGACGAAAUCAUUGAACUGUUAGAAAUGAAAGUAGGACCCUCGUUAAAAAUAUUCGACCUAAUACAGCAGUUGAAGUGCAAAAUCAAACAGCCCCAGUGCAGAUUGCUUGGCAGCUUCAAGUAGUGUUUCCAGUACGAGUAUAUUCCUAUAUCAAAAGACAUUGUAGAUGAUAGAUAUAGUUACUAAGCGUGUGCUAAAUACUUACAAAUAUUAUUGUCAAUACUGCUUCUUUGUGGUAGCGAUUGGGAUUUUUUUGAAUUUGAUAUUUUAUUAUGUAUGACUAAACAGAUAUUAUAUAUAUUAUAUUGAUAGGGACUUGUAUAAAAUCUGGCAGAAUUAUUGGCCCUGCGUUACAAACAAUUCAUUGAAAAAAAAAGUCCAAGUAUGAUAGCACUUUCAUAGGUGAUCGAACAUACGGUCAAUUUGAAGCGAAUGUGAAACAUUGUGAUAUUUUGUGUGUGUUUUAAGUCAGCUUGGUUUCUUUGGAAAUGUGAUAAUGUUCGUUGUGAACGUAUAUAAUUAUUUAUGUAUAUGUAUUAACGUAUGUAGUUGCUUACAAUUAUGUAUAUCAAUUUAUGUAUAAAAUAAUAACCACUGCGAUAGUUGAACGAGUAUACAAAAGGAGGGGGAUUUUUUUUUUUUUGUAAAAUCAGAAUGAAAUACAAAUAACGAAUAAUAGCACGAGAUAUUAGGAAUGCUAAAUAAAAAUGCGAAGAUUUAGUUCACUGUAAUAGCUCCAGAUAAUAAUCGUUAUUCAUAAUUUUUGUAUUAUUGAUCACUCACAAUUAUUUUAUUAAUGUAUUAUAGUUAAUAAUAGGUAAUCAAAAAUCUUGUCAAAAUCAUGUGAAUAAAGCAAUAAAAUAUUAUAUUAAAAUUAAUUGAAGGAAGUAAAGUCGAGAAGCAUUACAUGAGUGUUCUUGAGUUUAAAAUCUUAAAGUCAAGCAAUAAGGCAUGUAUUUCAUUGGUGUACAUACAAUCAAAUUUUGCCGAUGAUAAAUGACGUGGUGGUGCUGUUUACUAUUUAUUUCAAUAAGUAUGUUUGAAUUCUGCGUUUGAACUCAUACGUUGCGUUCAUACGUAAAAUACAAUUAGUAAGUUAACUUAAUUUUUGACGUGACAA